AUGAGCAAUGUUGAGUCAACAUCUGAAGAAGCAGCUUCUGAAAGUCAUUUAGAUGUUAUUAGAACUGUUUUAAGUAAAUGGAGGCAGAGAUUUGAAGGAUGCAGUUUUAUGGGGCGAAAAGAGAGAAAUCGUACUCGCCGACCUAAACCGGAGAAACCUGCCAAGAAGACCACAAGGAACUUGAGUGAUUCAGAAGCUUCUGCCACUGAUACGAGUGAAGUAAACGUCUGUGAUAAAAUAAAUAGUUUGAUGUUAAGCCGUUUCAUUCAACUGCCCAUAGGUAUUGAUGAACAAGAAUGGAUUGCCCACCAUACUUUCUCAUUAUUCGAUCAUGUAAAUGCUUUAUGUGGUACUGUAUCUGAAGUCUGUACCCCCGUAACAUGCUCAUCUAUGAGUUGUCCGGAAAACACAAAAAUUCCAUUCAUUGAUGAAAAAGGAAAAAAAUGUUUCUAUCCGGCUAUGCAAUAUAUAGAUGCUGUUAUGACAUUUUGUGAGCAGAUUGGAAGGAAUGAAGAAGUUUUUCCAACUAAAUAUUCUUCUCCGUUUGGAUCAGAUUUUCACGAUGUUGUUAAAAGAAUCUUAUUAAUGAUCUGGCACUGCUUGGGACAUCUGUAUGAAAGUCAUUGGAAUACUCUUGGUGAACAUGAGCUGUACCCGCAGUACCUACUGGUCACAGCACAUUUGGGACAGUUUUGUAAGCAGUUUGAUCUAUUGGAUAAAGAAGUGCAGGCUGCCAUAGAUGACAUUGUGGCCAAGAAUCGUCGUUGUCGUGAGGACAAAGAGAAGAAGGAAACAAAGCUGUAUCAAUCGCGUUCGUUACAUGAGUCCCCUACUCAUGCAACUGGCGUCUUAUCAAAAAGUCAUAGCUGGUGUGGAAAUAUGACCAAAUCUCCACUUUCAUUAUCCAAUACAUCAAGUCCUCAGUGCUCGUCAAGAAAGUCAGACAGUAGUGUGAUGCAGUCUAGCCGCACCGAAUAUUAA